AUGAAAGAUUUCCAGGGAAGUACUUGGGAAGAGGUCGGUCUACUUGAAGGAAUACGGGAUCCACAAGGACAGUACUUCAUCUUCUACACAUUUGAGGCUCCUAACUCCGAGGUGAUUGUUCUUCAACAGCAGUUAGUUGACCAGCGACAACAAUUAGCUGACCAAGGAAAGCAGUUACUUGACCAGGCUCAAAAUAUGAGUACAAUGCAAACGAUCAUUCAAAUGUUGGCAGCAAAAAAUGGGAUAGAUCUAGCAAACAUUCCGAGGUUUCCGAAGGCAUUAAAGACAUUUACUUCAUCAUCUAAUGUGUUACAAAUGGCUGAAGCAAAGUCUGCUAUAAGGAAACCAGUGUUCAAUAAGGUUGAUCAGCUGCGACCUGGCACUAAUGGGGUUUGUAUGGAGUCUCUCUGCUCUGUUGAAGCCUCUCUUGUUGCUGCUAAUGUGUUGCUGCUAAUGGGGUUGACACACUACAAGGGUUUCAAGGAGGGGCACAAGAGGAUACUUGUGGCAACAGAUCUGGUUGGUAGGGGAAUCAACAUUGAACGUGUUAACAUUGUCAUCAACUAUGACAUGCCAGAUUCAGCAGAUACUUAUCUGCACAGGAAGAUACUAGCAAUGGAUUGGGUCCUUAUGAGAUUGUGA